AUGGCAGAUAUCGUCACAGCCACGCCCGAGGUGACCCUUGCGCAGAAACCCUGCUUGAAUUGCCGCAAUCGCAAGAUUGCCUGUGACAGGUCCCUGCCGACAUGUACCACCUGUACCAGACGUAAGAAGGUGUGCUCGGGCUAUGCCGUCAAUCUGUCUUGGCCUCGUGCAGGUGAUAGACGCCGGGCUUCCGUGGCCAACGUCCAGAACCGCACCACGACGGCCCAGGUUGCAUUCCUUAAUACCUCCACAUGGGAUGUCAGUCUAUAUAUGAAUGCGACAGGGGCCGGGACCCAUGCAACCCAUGUUGGCGUUUGGCAGGCCCCUCGCCCGAGACCUGCAUUGCGAACACCACAAUUCGGGACGCAAAUGACUCCUGCAGAACAUAUAGAAUACUCCUCUGCCAUGCAAAUGGUCACUUCUCAGGGCGACCUGCGUCAAGACAUCUGCAGCCUCCUGCAACGCAUGUCAUUGGGUGAUGACACCCCUCCCUCUCUUGCCGUCCGUCAUUCAAUGAAUGCAAUCUCCUACCUGCACUUGCAAAACUCCCCCAAGUCUGUCCAUCAUCGCAUGCUCGCCAUUUCAUCCCUGCGAAAGACCAUCGGUCAGGUGUUGGAUGUCAAGUCUAGAUCCCAAGCCAUCGCAGCGAGCAUGCUUCUGAGCAUCUACGAGGCAAGCACUUCGAUUCAGCUUACUGAUUGGUCAAUCUACUUUGACGGUUGUCUCAUGAUUUUUGAGACAGGCCAGCAAACACGCGUCCCUUCCGAAGGUGAUGGCGCGACCCUACUGGACUGGGUGCUGUACUACAAUGUGUUUUACAAAUUUGGCAUUGCUCACUGGAUGCAUCGUACGAAGAAGCAGGAAGUCAUUGCGAACCGUGAAAACGUCAUUUCCCUGGCAACCUUCCACCCUAAACGACAGAUUAUACAGAGUACUCUCGGUUGCUCGCUCGAAAUCCUUGGUAUUCUAAGCCAAGCUGUCGACUGGGUUCGUGUUCAAAAUGACAACAGACCUCCCUCUGAAGAUCAUCAACGGGCAAUCGACGUGCUUCAGCAUCGGCUCGAGCGCGCUGACCAACAGCUCUGCAGUGGCAUGGAUAUUGAAGUAUACCAUGGCACGGGCAGCAAAGAGCACUACACUGCGGUUGCUCGACUGUUCCAGCUUGCGGUUCUCAUCUACCUGGAUCGCGUGGUGCGAGGAUCCCCGGCUUCUUCUCCUGUAUCCCAAGACGCUGCCAAGGAAUCAUUCGGGAUACUGCGACACCUCGGGGUCUGCGAAAGACCCUUUCCAAUGUUCAUGCUGUCGCUGCAGGCCGAGGAGGAGCCCGAUAGGGUGCUGAUGCUCAAAGCACUGCAGAGCUCAAGGAGGAAGAGAGCGCUCAGUAACCUAGACUCGACGGAAGAAAUGAUACAGAGGAUGUGGGCACAGCAAGAUUUGCAUGGUGGUGAAGGGAUUGAUGCGCGCUUGGUCAUCGACUCGGUUUUUAGUGCGUAUAAAACACCUCCAUGCUUAGCCUAA